AUGCGAUUUGACGAGUUAUACAGGCUGAAGGGUGUCCUCGGUACCGGUGCAUUUUCAACUGUUCGUGAAGGAUUCCACCGAAACAACCAAAAGCUCAGUUAUGCGGUCAAAUGUAUUAAUCGAAAGAAACUUACAGAGGAGGAUGAAGCUGCUCUGUUAGAUGAGGUGUCAAUCCUGAAGGAAAUGGAGCAUUCACAUAUCAUUCGACUAUACGAUUUCUUCGAAGAGCCCAGCACAUACUAUUUGGUGAUGGAACGAAUGCGUGGAGGCGAGCUGUUUGACCGUAUUGUUGCCAAAGCAUACUACAACGAGAAAGAGGCACGAGACACCUGUAAGAUCGUCUUAGAAGCUGUUGGCUACUGUCACCAAAACCAUGUUGCGCACCGGGAUCUGAAACCGGAAAAUCUUCUUUUACUAUCGGAGCACGAUGAUUCAGCCGUCAAGAUUGCUGAUUUUGGUUUUGCCAAGAAAGUCUAUAAGCAUAAUUGCCUGACGACACAAUGUGGCACUCCAGGCUAUGUCGCGCCAGAAAUUUUAGAGGGAACUCCAUACGAUGAGCGAGCUGAUAUGUGGAGUGUCGGUGUAAUCCUUUACAUUCUACUCGGAGGUUAUCCUCCUUUUAUCGAAAGCACUCAACGUGAUUUGUUUCGUAAAAUCAGAAAGGGGGAAUACGAAUUCCACGAAGAGUAUUGGGGGACGGUAUCGACUGAGGCGAAGGAUCUGAUAUCAUCAUUGCUCACUGUUGACUGCAGUACACGCCUGACUGCUCACCAAGCUUUGGAAAACGGAUGGAUUCUAGGCGACGACGCCAAGCUUGCUUCAAAAGAUUUGGGGCCCAAUUUGAAGAAGCUUGCCAACUUCAAUGCCAAACGGAAGCUUCGUGCUGCAGUUUCGGCCGUGAUUGCCAUGAACAAGUUAAACUUCCUUUCGGAAAGCUUUGUCAAGCCGGGCGGUAAAAUGACGAAAGACGAGAGCUAGACGUUGCAAUACGACGCAGCCUCUUAAAAGAGAUUCGUACGUCUAUUCACGACUGUGGGACUUGAGGGAAAGGUGUUAUUGUGAGAAACACAUUGACGCAGUUGAGAGCGAAUCGCUCCAUAGUUUUUGCAUAAACCUCCAUUCUUUCGGUAAAAAA